UGGUUAGAUAGUUCUGUUUUGCGCCAUCUGUAGCUCAUUUUGAUCGCCGAUUGGCAAUCGCGGUUAAAUUAAACUUCAUCACUAGCGUAUUUGCCAUUUACUCAUAACUGUGAUUACUGAAAAAAAAAGAAAAAGAAACUGGUCGUUUGUUUAUGUAGAGAUUUUCCGUUUCUCUUAGAGAAAUUUUUUCCCUUUUUAUAUUAUGUUAUACGCUCCCUUGUUUAAUUUUUAGUGUCAUUUUCCUGUUGAAAUAAUGGCUGAUACAAGUUUUGAAUGGCCUUGGCAGUACAGUUUUCCUCCAUUUUUUACCCUUCAACCAAAUUCUGAUACCAAAGCUAAACAAUUUGAAGCUUGGAAGCAUCUGAUAUUAGAUUAUCACAAGAUUAACAAGAAAUAUGUAUUGGAUAUUACCGAAGCUCAGGCAUCUCCUCUGUUUUCGAAUAAAACCAUAAAUAGAAAAUUGAACUUGGAAACUAUAUACUUGAUUCUUGAUGAUCUGCAAAAGCAAGGGAAUGUUGAGUGGAUUGAUAAACAACGUCAGCGUUGCUACGUGUUUUGGCGAACUCCGGAAGAAUGGGGAAAACUAAUUUAUGAUUGGGCCGAGCGUAACGCUCUCAUAAAUACUGUGUGCACUUUAUAUGAAAUUACCAGCGGUGAUGACGCCGAAAAUGAAGAAUUCAAAGGUCUUGAAUCCGGUGUACUAAAGAAAGCACUUGCUGCUCUGGCUCAAGAUGGACACGCUGAAUUAAUCUUGGAUCCUGAUAAUGAAGGAGUAAAAUUUUUUUGAAUUAAGCUACAUAUAAAUGUUAAAUGAAAUGUGUAUAUGUGAUUUCUGAAUAACGUUAGAUGUAUGUUGACUAACUGUGAUGUUAAAUCAAAUUUAUAUACAAAAUGAAACUUUUGUGUUGAAUUUGAAAGAGUUUUGUGUGAAACUAUUGAGCUAAUUCUGUCAUGCAGGUCAAACUUAUUAUCAUUCUUAUAUGCCUGCUCUGUAUGCUUUAAAGAACUCUAGAUUUUGUAAAUUAAAUGAAGCAGUAAUUGCAUUUGUUUAUUUUCUUUGUAAGUAUGCUGCCACCAUAUGAUACUUCUGUGGUGAACAGGAGAGGUGCUUUUUUCAUUUUGAAAGCUUUGCCAGUAGUUUCUGAAAAUAAUAUACGAUAAAUAAUAAAAAUAUGUAUAAUAGCUUUUUAUAAAAACUGUAAAUGUUGAAUUAUUGUCAUCUUUCAGGUCCAUGCUUUAAUAAGAUAUGUAUCAACAUCAAAUUAUUUUAUUAAGGAAUUAUUGUAUUGGUUUGUAAUUUUUAUUACAUAGAGUUUAGCAACAGAAGGGUAGUUAGAGUUUACUGCAUAAGGGGUCAGCUCUUGCGCCCUUUUGCAAUAUGAUGCCAGACUUAUCAUAGUUUUCGGAGUUAUUUUAAGAUUUGGUAUUGUAAAAACUGUAUUAUCGAGUGUAUAAAUGAUAAAAAUUAAUAUAUAUUGCAAAAUUAUGUUAUUUUAAAAUAUGAAACUGAAGAAACAUCACACUGUGAAAAUUCUACCUUCAAUCAUAGAAUAAGCUUCUCAUACAAAAAUAUAUUUCUGUUUCAAGUUACUUUCAGUGGUUUAAAAAAUUUACCAUGUUAUUUUGUUAACUGGUAGACUAGGGGUGCACAACCUUUUUGAAUGAAAGACCACUUGCACAACAGGUAGAUUAACGAAGGGCCGCAUGCAUAUUUAGUCAUGUUGCCGCAUGCAUAUUUAGUCAUGUUAGCGGCAAAUAUGAUGAUUUUUAUGUAAAUAUUAGUGUUCUAAGUACUUAAUAUUUUUAUCAGUAAACUUAAUAACAUGUUAGCAAAAAAUUAAAUGCUUUUAAUUAUUUAAAUUUAUUUAAAACUAGCAAAAACUGAUACUUUUUUCAAAAAACUUUUUCAAUUUCUCACUAUAAUUUAUCAAAUAUAUAUAGAUAUACAUAAAUAUUAGGGGCGAUAUAAAUUCUAACCAAAAAGAAGCAUACAGAAUGAAAGUGCAAAAAAUAUAGGCAUUUUUGAGUAAUAUAAAUUUGAAUUAAUUAUUUUAAUUUAAGAAAAUUUAUAUUGUUUAAACAAAAAACAAAUUAGAAGAAUUUUUUUGUUGCGUACAGAAGUUCCUGCGGACCACAAAUCAGCAGUCGAUGGGCCGCAGGUUGUGCACCCCUAUGGUAGACCAAUUUAAAUAUAUUUUCUGCAAAGUGUAGACUUAUUUUCAUUCUUACGUAGGAUAUGCUAGCUUAUUCAAUUUUUCUUACAAAUUCUUUUUUUUUUCAAUAAAUCCAUGCAAACUUUUAAAUAAUCUUGAGGAAGGGAAUGAUUAUUUCCAAUUGCUGAAAAUCUUAUUAAAAUGUAAUUUUAUUUUCAUUCAUCACUUAUUUAUGAUAAAUAUUAAGCUGAAAAUAAAUAUAUAUCUGUGAACAGAAUAACGUUUCAAAACAGUGAAAAAAGGUAAUUUAACUUGGAAAUCAAAAAUUCUAGUGAAAUAGAGUAUUCUAGCCCUUGUAGAGAUAGCAAUCUUUCCUCUUGAUUAUUCUUUAGAUUUGUGAAAUUCCCAAAAAUUAUGGUAAGGCAGUUUAUAUUUAAGUCUACUUCUGCAUGUUAAAGCACAUAUUUCUUCAUUGGCUAUCUUUUAAAAUUACAAUAUCUUUACUAAUUUUACUUAGUUUUAAUUAUUAGUUACUCCUAGGAAACUAUAUAAGGUAAUAUUGUGAUUAGGACUGGGCCGUAAAUCGAUGCAUCGCAAAAUAUCGAUUUAAUGCAUAUAUCGGCAGGCCGAUAUAAUGACUUUCGU